AACGUCUGGACGCAGAUGAACUACGUCCCUCCCCGCGGACAAUGUAACCAUAAGCCUUCUCUCCUCGCGGCCAAAUGUCCGUGUUUGAGGUUCAUGUUGCAUCCGCUCAAGUCAUCAUCGUCGUACGAAUGCGAUGGCUGUGGACACCACGCAUCUUUCCACACGAUGGAAAAUAAAGUCGAAGACGAAAUAAGGAAGCGGUGGGAGGUUGAAGCGGCGGAGCGGAGAAAGGAAGAAGAGGAGGGUGGGAGGCAGAGGCCAAAGAAGAGGGUGAGGGCUAUCGAAUACACAAACGACGAUGGCGAGUUUGUGCUCGGGUCGAAGAAGAAGACGACGGGGAGGGCUGCGGCUACUCGGGCGAAGAGCAGGAUCAUUGAGAUUGGGGAGGAAGAUGGGGUUGUGGAGUUGGAC